AUGCGGUCCUCAUUCCUCACAGUCUCCUUUCUGGCCUCGACCGUCGUCGCCACACGCGAAACUGUUCCGAACAAUGUCAAAGUCCCCGAUGGUGUGCUGCAGCUUGCCGUCAGGCCCCCGGCAGCGCCUGAGCGCCGCAAAAUAGAGGGCAGGCAGAUCGAACUCCCUGCCUCUGCGGGAAUUCGAUCCGCGCCUUACACCGUUGAUGUUGUUCUUGGGACGCCGGGCCAAACGGUCAAAUUGAUGCUCGAUACAACCUCAUCGGACACGUGGGUGAACCCCAUCUGUCAAAACUCGGACGAUCCCGUCGGUUGCGCAAGUACAGGACGUUUCACGAGCAGCGCCACAUUCGUCGACUUGAACGUUGCAGGCGGCACUACUCUGUCCCGUGGCUAUGUUGAGUGGAAUUAUGGUUACGACUUGAUGGGACUUGGAUCCGCCAGAAUCGCGACACAGAUCUUCGGGGUCGCAUACGCUUCCGAUGGCCCGUCCGCUGGCGUCCUUGCUCUCGCUCCCUCGCUCAGUGGCUGGGACAGCCCUUAUCCGUUUGUGUUGGACACUCUGUAUUACCAAGGGUGGACACAGAGCCGCGCGUUCAGCCUGGACUUGCGCUCAGGCGACUCUGAAGGUUCCUUGACUCUCGGAGGUCUCGAUACUUCUCGCUACAUGGGAAAUUUGGAGAAGCUUCCAAUUAUCCCAUCUUCGCGAUCUCCGGAUGGUACCACGAGAUAUUGGGUGCAACUAGACAGACUUGCUGUCAGAGACACUGGCGACGAUCUUAUCUUCCACGAGGGCCAGCAAGCCUUUAUUUUGGACAGCAGCUCCAGCGUCUGCCGCUUGCCCGGUCUCAUCUUCGAAAGUCUAAGGAUGGCUUUCCCCUCCGCCAUUUUCACCCCCUCCGUCAACCAGUUCUCUGUUGAUUGCGCAGACAGGGAAUCGGGUGGCACUCUCGACUUUACCUUUGGCGCGAUCACCAUCAAGGUACCCGUUGGCGAAUUCAUUGUCGAAUCUGGCGGUGCCUGUUAUAUCGGCGCGACCCGAGAUGAUAACGCGCCCGCGUUGGGAACCAACUUUCUCAGUUCUGCGUACAUUGUGUUCGAUCAGGACAAUCGCUCCAUUCACAUGGGCCAGAACUGCCAGGGCGACUACGAGACUAACCUCGUUGCAAUCGGCUCUGGACCAGACGCCGUGCCCUCGCUCCCGGGGACCUACUACGCCAGAGACUACGCCAGAGACUACGCCAGAGACUACGCCAGAGACUACGCCAGAGACUACGCCCCCCUCAUCCCCAGUGUCCUCGCCCGUGUCUUCACCGGUCUCCUCGCCCGUGUCCUCGCCCGCGUCCUCGCCCGUGUCUCCACCGGUCUCCUCGCCAGUGUCUUCACCGGUCUCGCCCGUGUCUUCACCGGUCUCCUCGCCCGUGUCUUCACCGGUCUCCUCGCCCGUGUCUUCACCGGUCUCCUCGCCAGUGUCCUCACACGUGUCUUUGCCAGCCUCAUCGCCAGCAUCAACCCCUCAUCGACAUCCCAUACGAGCCCCAGCGCCGUCACCAAUGUCAGCGACGAGAAAUCCUCUUCUACCCAGGUUACAAGCCAGACCACAAUCUCCACGUCGCAGCAGACACCAGAGACCACUCAGCCAAACAAGACAGACGGGUUCACCUCGCGAGGAACCUCCACCACAGUGGUACCGGAACCACAUAUCACCACCGCCACCACCGCCGCAAACGAUCACUCGGCGAUCAUACCCCCCCAAGUCACCACGCAGACAUACCUCAGCACAACCACAUACGUUGUCACCAAGUGCCCGCCCACUGUCGGUGACUGCCCUUUUGACGAGGUCACGACCGAGGUACUCACAUUUACCACAACCUACUGCCCCGCUGCCACAGCUACUCACACGCUCACGCAUACAUCAGUCUGCUCGGCGUCUGCCUGCGUUGAUGCCAGUCCUGAACCAGACGUCACGACGCAGGUCGACACAGCAUACGUCCCCACGACUCAUCUCGAGCCGAAUCCCGUCUCAGGGGCUGCCACUCAAACGGCCGCUAGUUCGGGCGCCCCAACCCACUCUGAGGCGUACACUCAGGGGUCUAAUGCUGGGAACCCAAUCGCCUGGCGUCGGACAACCCGCCGCAACUUCGUUUGUUUCCAGCUUGGUCUCCGUCUCGUCUACUGA